AUGGCGGCCACUUCAGCUAACAAUAUCUCGUACGAUGCACAGGCAUCUACAAAUUACAAGGAGGCAUUUGCGCUCUUCGACAAGCGGGGAAAUUCUCGUGUUGCGCUUGACAGCCUGGGCGAUUUGCUGCGUGCUUGUGGCCAAAACCCAACUCUUGCAGAGAUUCGGGAUUUGGAGAAGAAUGUUGGAUCAGAUUUCGAUUUCGAAACGUUCUCCAAAAUCCUCAACCGACCAGGAGGAUUCCGUGACCCAGGCGAGCCCGAGGAAUACUGCCGUGGCUUUCAGGUGUUUGACAAAGACAUGACGGGCUUCAUUGGUGUUGGACAACUACGAUACAUUCUGACCAAUCUGGGCGAGAAAAUGAGCGAUGAUGAGGUUGAUGAAUUAUUGAAGGCAGUAGAUACUAGCUCAGGGGAGAUUAAUUACACAGACCUCGUACGAACCAUUCUGGCGAAUUAG